GGGGGUUAGAGAGAGAGAGAGAGAGUCCCUCCAAUUCCGAAGCCUUCGUUUACCUUCCAAGUUCCAGUUGCCCACUUCAAAAUUCCAAAGCCACCCAACCCACUACCCAAAUCUGGGAAAAGGGAGAAAUAAAGAAGCGGAAAAAAAAAUGUUUGUGGAUAUUAUUAUGCUAAAAAAGAUAAUGAUUCCCACGUUACAAUCCAACUCGUAAACUCUUCCUUCAAUCCAACUCCACCCCCAAUCCUCCAAUCUCCUCGUCCUCCUCAACCAAAUGCCAAAACAAGCAAAAGAUUAAGAAGGCCAACCCCCACACAUGUUCUAAAAAAUCCCAUUUCCCCCCCUAAAAAUCCCAAUUUUUCAUUUUUUCCUUCUUUUCCAUCCUAUAUUGGCCCACCCCCCACCAAUCUCUCCCUCCACUAUACGCAUAAACAGCCAUGACCGAGGUGCUUAGGUCCCCUCCUCAGCUCCCUUCCUCUCCAAGCCCUUCGCUUUCCUGCAACCCUAAUGAUGGUGCCUCGACCCAUUUAAGGAAUGGGGGUUUAGGGGAGGAGGGCCCAAGAGAGGAGAGGAAGCGAGAGAGGAGGAGGAGGAGAGUGGUAGUAGUAGAGGAGAGACGAGAGGAAGAAGAAGAAGAAGAAGAAGAAGAAGAAGAGGAGGAGGAGGAGGCGGAGGAGAGGAAGAGAGAGGAGCAGUUAUCGGUGUUGGCGCUUCUGUUUACGCUGCUGAGGAAGUCGCUGCUGGGGUGCAAGACGGAGGGGGAGGAGGAGCUCCGUUCGAUGGAGAUCGGGUGGCCCACGGAUGUCCGCCACGUGGCGCACGUCACCUUCGACCGCUUCCAUGGCUUCCUCGGCCUCCCCGUCGAGUUCGAGCCCGAGGUCCCCCGUAGAGCCCCCAGCGCCAGUGCAAACGUAUUUGGUGUUUCCACCGUAUCAAUGCAGUGUUCUUACGACCCCAGAGGGAACAGCAUCCCAACAAUACUCUUGCUAAUGCAAAGACGUCUCUAUGAACAAGGCGGGCUUCGGGCGGAAGGUAUUUUCAGAAUUAAUGCCGAGAAUAGCCAAGAGGAGUAUGUAAGAGACCAGCUUAACAGUGGAAUUGUGCCAGAUGGUAUUGAUGUUCACUGUUUGGCAGGUCUGAUUAAGGCCUGGUUUAGGGAACUUCCAAGUGGGGUUCUGGACUCUCUUCCUCCCGAGCAGGUGAUGCAGUGCCAAUCAGAAGGGGAUUGUGCUCAGCUUGCUAAACUUCUUCCUCCCACAGAAGCUGCUUUACUUGAUUGGGCCAUUAAUUUGAUGGCUGAUGUUGUCCAAGAAGAACAAACUAACAAGAUGAACGCACGCAAUGUCGCCAUGGUAUUUGCUCCGAACAUGACACAGAUGGUAGACCCUUUGACUGCAUUGAUGUAUGCCGUGCAAGUGAUGAAUUUCCUCAAGAUGCUGAUCACGAAGACACUCAAAGAGAGACAGGAAACCAAUGUAGAUGAUGCUUCACUCCCAUGUAUUGACCCAUCUGAUGAGAAUGGCCCUAAAAAUCCCCCACUUCUUCUAGAAGUUUCUGGUGAAGAAGGAUCCGAACAACUUUUCCUUCCCAACGAAGCUCUUCUGGACAGCCCAACAACACACCUUCGUGAAGAUAAUUUAACCACUGAUAAGCCAUCUGGUAGUUCUCCAGCUUCUGAGAAAAGUGCUUCCCCAGGAGCAGCUGCAGAGAAUCCGGCUAAUGAACCUCUUUGUGAGAUUGCAGCUUUAACAAAUGGUACAACUAGCGGCCCUGAAACUGCUGCUAACGGCUCUAACGUAACUCAUGCAAAUUCUCGUAGGAACAAAACAGGACGAUCAAGCCAUAAAAAGGGUGCAAGAAAAGCUAAAGGCCAUUCUGCUGGCCGGGCAGCACUUCCAGCUGAGAAGUCAAGAGGUGCCAGCAUCGUUUGUCGUAUAAAUUCAAAGGUGGAGCGCAUCGAAGCAUGGAGGUGAAACAUUUACCCAACUGACAUGUAACUUUCUAAAUAGGAUGGGCUGAGUUAUUUUGUUUUGGCUUUUGAUGAUUCUGUUUGUGGUUGAAGAAUGGUUUUGUUGAUUAAACACAAUUUCACAGUACACUAACUGCUGCUAUCUUUGUGGUUUCUCAUGCACUUGUAUUUGAGUGACUAAAGAAUGUGCUUGUUUCUCUUGUAAAAUUAUUUCUCGUGUGUUUUUAAACUGGAAUUUGUGGCUU